UUUAUGGUCAUAGCUACAAAUUAUGGAUGCUUUAUUCGUAAUUUUUAUUAAAUAAAAAUGAAAAUUAGUUAAAUUUUUAGAUUAUUUAAAAAUUAUUUACAAACGGAGUUCCGACACGGCGCUGUUGGCCGUAGCGGCAUAAUUUAGAACUAACGCUGGCUGAGGGGCUAGACUGGAACCGGUGGCUUUUCGAAAGAGACGAGGUCUGUAAGUACUGCCGAAGGUAAACUAUGGAUUCGGAUUCGUUUUCGGACGGAAAAUGCGGCGAGAAACCUUAUCAGUCGGUAGGGAUUUCUAGUCCGGUGGGGGAAAUCGUGGUGGUGGGUUGCCCUUUCGGACUACACUGGAUAAAACAGAGGCGAAGGAUCGACGACGAAGAUUUUCCUUUUACCGACGCGCCGGUUCGAGUUUUACCGGGAAACGGAAAAGAAUCCGAAUGGUAUGGACCCAACGCCCAGGCCGUCGCCUGGAUAAGGGAUUACUUCCGAGAUCCGUCGGAUUCUCGGCGGCGGGUCCGACCGCCCCUGUGCUCCGCCUCCCUCAAAAGUACAGAAUUUACGGAUCGAGUCCGGAAGACGAUGGAGACGAUUCCGGCGGGUUCCGUCGUCACCUACGGAAAACUGGCGGAAUCGGCGGGCCGUCCGAGAGGCGCCCGGGCGGCGGGCGGGGUGGCCAGAUCCAACCCCUUCCCGUUUCUGGUGCCCUGUCACCGAGUCGUGCCGAAAGCGGGAGGGACGGGAGAAUAUUCGGGAGGAAGAGCGGUCAAAAGGUGGCUGUUGCGACGCGAGGGCGUGCAGACGCGGCCGGAAAAACGGCCUCGGACCCGGUCUAAAUAACUGCCGGACGGCCAAGGAAAAAUUAACUCUUUUUUUGACUAAUAAAAAUUGAUCCAUCAAGAUUCUUACCCGGAAAGCUACCGGGCAAAAAAAUACGUCGGACCCGGUAUUUCCGCCCGAUUUUUUCUCGUUCGUCUCGUAUUUUCGCAGGGGAAAUUAUUUUGUUUUAAUGGAUAAAGCGCCGCGCGGUGGUUCCGAUAAGUAAUUUGGCUCCACAAAACUAUUUUUUUUUUAUGUGGUAAAAAUGUGGAAAGAUGUCCACUUUUCGUACAUCGAAUUAUUAAUUUUUGGUACGAAUAAUAAUUUGCAAAAAUUUUGGUUUUAUUAAGGCAAAAAUAAGGCGACUGUGAUAAAAUAAAA